UCGGAUACAACUCUGUUUACAUCAACCGGUUUAAGGAACCAAAUUGCCACAUUAUUGCAAGCAAUCAAUAUUAAGGAUGACGAAAUGGAACAGUUUGCUACUUUCAUGGGACACACCAAAAAAACACAUGAAUCGUAUUAUAGGCUUCCUCAAGACUUGUAUCAGACAGCAAAAGUUGCCAAAUUACUUAUCGCUGUUAAUAGUGGACAAGUAGCAAAGUAUAAAGGAAAAUCCCUUGACGAAAUAACUUUGUCAGACAAUGAAUCAUUGCUGGAUGAGACUGAAGCAGAAAAACCUUUAUUUCAUGAUCAAAAUAUUAAUGAAAAUGAAAUAGAAGAGACGUGGGAACAGCAAUUCGGAGAACAAGCAAUGAAAAAUGCGGUAUUAGAUGAAAGGGAAAAUAGUAUAAAAAAAGGAAAGCGAGGAAAGUGGAAUUCAGAGCAAAAAAAUGUAUUGAAAACAGCUUUCAAAGAUCACAUAAAAAACAAAAAAGCUCCGAGAAAAGAAGAAACCGAGUUGAUAAUGAAAAAACAUAAAGAUUUAUUCAAGGAUAAGACGUGGGCCACAGUGAAAGCUUUUGUUUAUAACUGUUAUAAAGGUUAAACAAUUGCUAAUUUACUUUAAAUAUUUUAGACUUGCACUGCGCUAGUAUAAACGUUUAAUUUUAUUUCAAUGUUUAAUAAUUAUUUUAGUCAUUCUCAGCAUUAAUUAUAAAUAAGAUAAAAUGUAAAAUAGCUAUUAACCAAAUAUUUAAUGAAGUACUCGUA